CGCCGCGGCGCCGCGCGACUCGCCAGCGGAACGGCCGAGGCGGGCCCCGGGCGGGCGGCGCGGGCCCUCGCGGCGGGAUGGAGAUCAUUCGGAGCAAUUUUAAGAGCAGCCUCCCCAAGGUGUACCAGGCCAUCGAGGAGGCCGACUUCUUCGCCAUCGACGGGGAGUUCUCGGGAAUCAGUGAUGGACCUUCAGUCACUGCAUUAACAAAUGGUUUUGACACUCCAGAGGAAAGGUAUCAGAAGCUUAAAAAGCAUUCCAUGGACUUUUUGCUGUUUCAGUUUGGCCUUUGCACUUUUAAAUAUGACCACGCAGAUUCAAAGUAUGUAACAAAAUCAUUCAACUUCUACGUUUUCCCGAAACCCUUCAACAGAUCCUCACCAGAUGUCAAAUUUGUUUGCCAGAGCUCGAGCAUUGACUUUCUGGCGAGCCAAGGCUUUGAUUUUAACAAAGUUUUUCGCAAUGGAAUUCCAUAUUUAAAUCAGGAAGAAGAAAGGCAGUUACGAGAGCAGUAUGAUGAGAAGCGCUCCCAGUCCAAUGGUGCAGGAGCUCUCGCGUAUGUUUCUCCUAAUGCUUCCAAAUGUCCCGUAAUGAUUCCCGAGGAUCAGAAGAAGUUCAUUAACCAAGUGGUAGAGAAAAUUGAAAAUUUAUUGCAGAAUGAAGAAAACAAGAACUUAGAUUUAGAGCCGUGUACUGGGUUCCAGAGAAAGCUAAUCUACCAGACUUUGAGCUGGAAGUACCCCAAGGGCAUUCACGUUGAGACUUUAGAAACGGAAAAGAAAGAACGGUACAUCGUUAUCAGCAAAGUCGAUGAAGAAGAGCGUAAACGGCGAGAGCAGCAGAAACAAGCCAAAGAGCAGGAGGAGCUGAAUGACGCUGUGGGAUUUUCUAGAGUUGUUCAUGCCAUAGCUAACUCGGGAAAGCUGGUCAUCGGACAUAAUAUGCUCCUGGACGUCAUGCACACGGUCCAUCAGUUCUACUGCCCGCUGCCCACGGACUUAAACGAGUUUAAGGAGAUGACGACGUGUGUUUUCCCCAGACUCCUGGAUACAAAAUUGAUGGCCAGCACACAGCCUUUUAAGGACAUCAUCAACAAUACUUCCCUUGCGGAAUUAGAAAAGCGGUUAAAAGCGACACCAUUCAGCCCUCCUAAAGUUGAAAGUGCCGAAGGUUUUCCGAGCUACGACACGGCGUCGGAGCAGCUGCACGAGGCGGGCUACGACGCUUACAUCACGGGGCUGUGCUUCAUCACCAUGGCCGACUACCUUGGCUCCUUCCUUAGUCCUCCAAAAAUCCAUGUGUCUGCCAGAUCAAAGCUCAUUGAACCUUUUUUUAACAAGUUAUUUCUUAUGAGAGUCAUGGAUAUCCCGUACCUAAACUUGGAAGGACCCGACUUGCAGCCUAAACGCGACCAUGUUCUCCACGUGACCUUCCCCAAAGAGUGGAAAACCAGUGAUCUGUACCAGCUCUUCAGUGCCUUUGGUAACAUUCAGAUCUCCUGGAUUGAUGACACUUCGGCAUUUGUUUCUCUCAGCCAGCCUGACCAGGUACAAAUCGCUGUUAACACCAGCAGAUACGCCGAAAGCUACCGGAUCCAGACAUACGCCGACUACGUGGGCAGGAAGCAGGAGGAGAGGCAGGUCAAGAGGAAGUGGGCCGAGGACGGCUGGAAGGAGGCGGAGCGCAAGCGCCUGCACACGCAGCGCCUGUCCUUCGCCCCGCAGGACCACGCGCACCGCGCCGGCAGCCUCACAGUGCCCGGCUCGGGAGAAAAGAGGACCGUGAGUCCCAGCCUGGCCGAGGCAGACUCGGAGGCUAGGGUCUCGGAGCUCUCGGACGCUGACCUGGAGCCGACGGAGCCCAGCACAGAGGCACUCUCGGAGGGCAGGAAGAAGGCCAAGAAGUUGAAGAGGAUGAAGAAAGACCUGUCUCCCCCAGGAAGCUUCUCAGAUGACUCUGCCGCCCUCUUUGAAGUCCCUGACACGUGGUAACCGAGACCCUCGGACCCCAGUGGCUGGCGCUGCCACUGCUGCCGGUGGAGGAGGAGGCCGGCAGGCACACAGGGGAGGCGGGGGCGUGCGGCACCCCGUGCAUCUCCCAGGAAAAUCACCCUUCGGACUCGCGUGGCCGUGCUUCUCCUCCUUUCUGAUGUUGAACUGUGCUUGUCCCCGGGAGGGUCGUGCGUGGGCCUGGACGUGAGCUGGGAACUGGUGUCGUCCUCCCGAGACUGCUCUCCCGUCGUGGCCCCUGUGUGUGAGAAUCCGCCUGAUGGGAACACAGAGAGCUGGGCGUGGGCCAGAGAGAGGGAGGCCGCCCAAGCGGCGGGCCCAGGUUCCAUCCCCCGUGACGCAUGGUCCCCCCGAGCCCUGCUGGGGUGACCCCUGGGCACAGAGCUGCCUCCAGGCUCUGCCAGGUGUUCCACCCCCAAGGAAAGGUACCUCUGCAAAACAAGACGACAGAAGGCUGCCUUCCCGGGGUGCCGCCAGCCCAGCUCUGUGGGGUGGGAGCACUCCCAUCUCCUGACACCCACGGGCCCAGCCGUGUCUGGCCAUCUCAGCAUCGUGUUGGUCUGCCUUGAGGAAACUGCCUGCCCAGAUCACCCCGGAGAGGGCCUGAGCCUCCGUCCAACUGGGGCCUGGAGAGUCACUUCCCUUGGCAGCAUUGGGGAGUCCCCAUACCAGCAUGCAGGGCUAUACAAGCCGCAUUCUGUACCCCACCCCCUCUGGGCCCCCAGCAUGGUCUGACCCUCCACGCCAUGGCCGGGCCCCGUGUCCCCCAAGCUGUGUGUUGGAGACAGCUGAGCAGCCUGGCCCUGUCCCAGUCCAAAAUCGUUUGUGUCCCUACCCCCCCCCCCCCACAUACACACACAGAGCAGAGUUCUGGCUUCACAGAGAUCAUUGUUAGCUGUUGAACAUUUUUGUAUUAUGAAAUUAAAAAUCUAAAAAUGAAAGCUGUAUUUCUGAAAGAGGAAAAUCAAAGACAUUUUCAUAGGA